AUGAUCAAACGCCUUAACGCAGAAGAUCUCUGUGUUGCUUAUGGCAGCGACCUUUCUGAUUCUGACGAUAUUUUAUAUGAAAUUUCAAGUCAAUUCUCAGAAUCAAGUGAUGGUAGAGAUGAAGAAAUCCGUAUGAUGCAGUUUACUUCUCCUCAAGAUGACGAAAGCUCUCACAUUAAAUUAAGCAAUAUUAUUGGUGAAGAAGUCCAGUUUACGAAUGAACAACUCAUUCAGUUCGCUAAACUCCAGAAGCUGAAAAAAGAAAAAGUCUACAAAACUUCCAAGUUCUCCAUCUUUUCAAAAAGGAUCCUUGAACAAUUCAGCGGUGAUACCAUUAUCGAUUACACCUUUAGUGGCAAGCAUGGAUUCAAUAUCCUCAACAACGAUAAGGUUGCUCGAUGGCGACAGCGGAAUCCUCUCGCACGCUAUAUUUAUAUAGGAAUGGUUCAGAUCAAAAUUACUUCUCUGCUCCGCAAAGGAACUGAUCAACCCAUUCUUGCCCUCGUUAUGGAUAAUCGAUUCCAUAAUCCUGUUGAUGCCCUUAUUGGUGGCGUUCAAUCCAAUCUUGUUAAUAAUAUAAUUUGGUUUAAAAUCAAACCGAAUUAUUUUGUUUCUCUUUCUGACCCAAACAUUGAGAAAGUUCUCCAAGUCAAACUUCAACUUUCUAAUCUCAAAAUGGAUUUUGAUUUUCCAAGUCUAGGGAUACAGUGGAAAGUUCUUUACGAGCUUACUCGGAAACCUGAGACUGCCACCAUUCCUACAAUUGACUCAAAACUAGUCACUUUAUUUGAACCUCGUCCCUUUGAUUCAGUAAUUGAACCAAAAUCACUAAAAUGGACAGAUCUGGAAAUUCCUCGCAACUGGUUAUUCGAAGACAUCAACUCGGAACCAAAAUUGCGUAUAGCUGAGCCUACCGUUACCACUAUUCAAGCCUCUGGUUCCAAUCUUUAUAUAACUAAUAAAGAGAAACCACAGCUGCAAUGA